GAGAGGUCAGUGUUGAGUAGUAUUGCAAGAUGGCUGCAAGUGAUGUUUUGUAGUGCGCUGAAAAAUUCCAUUUUCACUCUAUUUGCACGCAAUUUUACUUGAUUUGACGGUGCAUCCAGUGUCCACCAAGUUCUACUCUAUCGUUCUCUCAUGUGGGAGGCCAAGAAAGCCUCCAGUGUGACGGUGUGUUGGUAGUAUGAUAUCAAGGUUCCAGAACUUCAUGGGGUGUUCCUCAACCGCACUCGGUGAGGCUCCUCCUGAUGAUCAGACGUGCUCUGGCCGGGGGGAUUGCCUCAAUGGCACGUGCCUCUGUGAGAUUCGCUACAGUGGCGAUGAGUGUUCCACCUUCAAUUUGCCAUAUCACGCAGGUGUCUCGUCGAUCUUCUACCUUGUGGCUCUCGUGUCGCUCAUCCAGCUCCUCAUUUGCAUCGUGGCGGAGUAUCAGAGGCUCAAGCAGCCCUCAUUUCUGCGCGCCUGCCGUCUCACCACGCAGAAACUCUUGUACUUCUUCGUGUUCGUGGCCGCACUGCUGCGCGGGGCCUAUUUCACCACACCAGAAAUUCUUCAGCCAGUUUGGGCAUCCAGUCUCAUGUCGGCCUACUAUCCUUUGCUGAUGACGUGCGCCUCGCUGGUGGUGUGCCUGUGGGCGGAGAUUUUCCACCUGCGCGACAUCCGAUGGGAGAAAUCGCAGUUCCUGUCGAAGAGCUUCCUCGGCUUCAUGGCGUUCAAUUUGCUUCCGUACAGUCUGCUCGCCGCCGAGGUGCUCUUCUCACAAUUCAUCACGGAUCGCAACACAUAUUCGCACAUCUUCAAUGGCUGCUAUGCCGCACUGCUCUUCAUUGUCGUGGUGUUCUUCCUCAUCUAUGGCGUGGAGGUGUUCUUCAAGGUGCGCGGCGGCUUUGUGUAUGAUUUUGGAAAUUUGCCCAGCACACAGAAUGUCAAUGCAUCGCAACUGCAUCAGUCGCGCUUUGGACUCCUGAGUCAGGCCAUAAUGCUGAUUGUCAUUGUUGGCUUUCUCACGUCAGAGACUCUUGGGGACUUCUGGAAGAAGAAAGUUCCUGUGUACUCGCGCAAUUGGCAUGAUAUUGUGUUCCGUCUGGUGGAGGUGGGAGUUGCUCUGUGGUUCCCAUGCUGCCUGUGGAACUCCAUGGCGCCGGAGCAGCUGUGGAUUCUCAAUCCCAAGAAGCUGCUGAGUCGACAGAUUGAGCCAGUGGCCAGCACAUCGUUGGCCAAGUCCACCGAAGAGGGUCAAUCGUCGUCGUCGUCGCUGCUGAAGAAGGACUGCUGGAUUUGCUAUGAUCCUGACAAGGCGGAGCCUCUGAUUCAGCCCUGCAAGUGCACGGGAGAUGUGAGCUCAGUUCAUCAUGAGUGUCUGCGAAAGUGGCUUGUGGAGAGUUGCUCAAAGUCAGACGAUGUGUUACUCAAAUGCAAAGUCUGUGAUUCACCGUAUGAAGUCAAGAGGACGAACAAAUUGGACUGGGAGAAGGGCUUCACGGUGCAGCAUUGGGCGAAGACGGUGAUUCUCGUGACUCUGAUGUGCAUCACGGGCGCCAGUGCGUGGGUGAUAAUUCAGCUGUAUGUGGAUCCGAUCGUGAGAGUUCUCACGGCGGGCUUUGCCGUGAUAAUUGGCUAUAUUUGCGUGAAACUCCUGGGUGAGAACACACUCACGGCGUAUCAGCGUGCCAAAGUGAGUUCCAUCAACAUUGUCACGAGUGAGUCGGACGUGACGGAGAAGCUCAACACCAUCUGCCAGGACGUGACGUGCAACUGAGAUGCAAGAGCUGAACGCGGAGGAGGAGGAACUCUCUCUCGAGGACUGAUUUUUAUUGCUGACCGUGGGUGAAGGCAAAGAGAGUUGAGUCAAUUAAGUACAUGAUUUUAUGUUGCAACAUAUUUUUCUUCGUUCUAUAUCGUAAUUUUUGUAUUAUUCAUUUGAUAUUAGGCGGACAUGAAAAUAUUUCUCACAAUCUAUUCUUUUCCCCCCACAAAAUACACAAGCAGACACACACACAGUCACACACACAUUGAAAGCAUACACAGUUGGAGGAAGGAAUGUGAGACUUCCUCUGAGGAUGAAUUUCAUAAUGUACAAAUUUAAUUUUUCGCAAUAUGAAAAUAAUGAGGAAGAGCGAGAGAGAGAGAGAAGGGAAAGUCAUGAAGUUAUAUAAUUUGACUAUUCUACUGAGGGUGAUGCUAAAAUUAAGAGAAAGUAGAUUUCGAGAGGUGGUUUAGAGUUAAAGCAGUUGAGAAUAUGCAAAUAUUAUUGGGCGAUAGAGGAUAAGACAAAGUAGAUCAAUUGGCCAAUAUGUUAUUCCAUCCUCUUCAUCUCCAGAGAGACACACAGAGGAGAGACCAAGAGAAGAGUUAAUCUAUCUGAAAUUCUCUUGCAUGAAUAAAUGAAAUUUAAUGUGAAGCUUAGGAUUAAGGCGAGAACAGAGAGAGAGAGAGAGGAGAGUUGAUGAGGACGUCUAACUAAUGCUAUUUGAAGGAUAAAAGGGAAGAUUUAGAGAUCAAUAUUGCUUCCAUUGUGCUGACAAAAACCCUGAACGAUAUUCCUCUGAUUUCUCUAAAUAUUUCGACUGUAGUUAGUGAACACAUCAUUCAAGUAGAGGAGAAGCUCUACUUGUAGUAAUAUUUAUGUUUAUAUUUUUUACUUAUGAAGAAAAUUCAUGCACGCUAAAUUCCCAAAGUUCAACCGUAACUCCAGUUCUUGAGAAGACAGAGCGCGAAAAUAAGAAAAAAAAAUGCGAUAACCUUUUUGACUAUGCACACAAAUACACAGUAAUUAAAGUAAAGUAAAGUAAAUUUAGCGUAUAAGAAGCAAAAAAAGCAAGUAAAAAAAAAUGUAGUGAAAGAAGCAAGAAAGAAUGAUAAAUUCUUUGAGUUGUGAUUUUUCGUUGAAUUUUAAAACUCUUUUUUUUUCCUAAAUUAUUCUGUGAAUUUAUAAGUCACAAAAGAAGAAGAUCGUGAGUUCGCCACUAUUUUAGUGUGAUGGAGAACUCUGCGGCAGAGAUAAAACUUUUUGUGUGGUUAAUGUACUCUUAAUCAAAUAUACAUGAAAUGUUUUAUUAAAUGAAUGAGUCAAAAA